GGUUUCUUCGUGAAUUUGUUGAAAUAAGUUUCUUGAGUAGGCAGGUGUUCUAGAGCUGAACUUCAAGGCUACACGAUGUAAGCCUAAUUGACUGCUCGAUACUCUCAACUAGGUCUAACAUUUGGUAGCCAACAGUGCUCAGUAUUUCAAUGAUACUGUUGUAAUCUCAUACCAUCCUGCACCCUUUCACUUUGAAGAUGGACACGACACGCUCUGUUUACCGGACAUCUUAUGUUGGCUUGUUACUGGUCACUCUGCGGGUGAUGUCCGUAGAUUUGGCCCUACAGUCCUACACAGAGUAUCCUAUCAACAGCAAAUAUUUACGAGAAAAAAUGGCAAUCUUCUUAUUACAGAGGAGCCCCGUGUCAUGCGCAGGAUUGUGCUUCCAGCUUGCAGGGUGCGCAGGAUUCGUGUACGAUAUGCAGAGUUGGACUUGUACCCUGGGGCGUGGUCUACUGGACUACAACAGUUCUGUAGUAAAUGUGGCAGUCCAGAGACAAGUUUACUACAUGACCGGUUUACCAACCUUCAUAGCAUGCUCCUCUAUUCUUUUCAACAUUACGAUCUGCCCCUUACCUGACGUUGGAAUCAAUUUGACUUCUGUGUCUCUAUACAUCCAAUUUUCUAAAUCUCCUUGUACCAAAGAUGUCACCUUCGGUUUGAAUCAGAAUGGAGAUUUGUGGGCUGGCAACGGUUGCAGGGGAAUGUUCUCCCUUGAUCUUUGACAAUAACUUGACUAAACAUCACAACAGCAGGUCAAUAGCUAAAUAUAAAAGACCUAAUGGAGACAAUGUAUUUUUUUACAUUUCUCAUUCAACUGAAACCUAGAUUACUUCCAUAGGAGUAGCUGUGUUGAUCAGGACUUUGAAACGUUUGAUAAAGCUGAAUGCUUUAAAAAUAAAUCACUUGUUGACGGAUUGAUUUUGUGGUGUACAAAAAUGAAUGGUCUCAUUUGAUUGAAUAGUUGUGCGCUUCAUAAAGCCAAACGCUAUUAUUUAUUUAUGUGCUGAUCUUGUGUUACCACACGUUUCGAUGUCCUUGUUCUCCAAAUAACAAAAUGCUCUCGUUUGAUGAAAGUACAAAAAUGAUCAAGACUUUGUUUAAACUCUGAAGGAAUGUUGCGUCUAAACUAUUUGCAAAUGUACUACAGGGGAAGGACUGGUAACGAACAAUGGAAGAGCGGAGCUGACAGAGAGAACGCUUGAAUAGAGAUACAGUCACACAAUCUCACAGAGCCAUUACAUUUCUAGUUGGCACUUUAAACACAUCGUUAUUGAAUGUUUCUUUUCGUGAGUGUGUUGUCUUCAUUUCAGCCUGGUCGUAGCUUUCAUGUUCAAUAGGAAGAAGAAAAAGAAACGUGUGUUCCUGUGCUAUGUACACGUUAGAUUUAUUGUUUUCUUUUUUGUCAUCAUCUAAUAAUCUUCCAACACAUAUCAUUCGUCACUCGCUAAGUCAUUCUUAAUAUAAAAUGCAAGAUCUAAAUAUAUUUACAUAUGAUAAAAUGUUAUUGUUGUCAAGUCGGAUGAACCAGUUACACCAAAACACACACACACACACACACACACACACGAGUCUUUCAGGCCAUGGAUAAAGAUGUCCACUAUGCAGCAAUGUAACUCACAUGCUCAACUGAAUCGUUGAAUAAAUGAAUUAGUGACUGCUUGUACAUUAUGUGAUCAAAUUUUAUCGAGUUAUUUAAUAGCAAAAAUUCGGUUCCUGUUUUGGAAGGGGGUUGUAAGCUUAAGUUAAUGUUCAAUAAAGUUAUCAAAUAGUGUGUUUUUUU